CUUUAUAAAGACUACUUCCACGUAUCCCAAAUAGACAAUACGUACCUACAUCGAGAAUGGCCACCUCUCUCAACGCUUCCAAGAAGCGCCUCGCCCUCGCCAUCCUCGACUUCCUCUCCACCUCCGCCACCGACGGCACCGUUGCCCAAGAAGAUGCCGAAUCCCUCGAAAUCGCCUCCAACUGCAUCGCCGAAGCCUUCAAAGUCGACGCCUCGGACAAAUCCGCCGUCGCCGACGCCCUAGGCGGCCAAUCCCUCGUCGGCAUCUACGGCGUCUACGAGAAGCUCAAAGGCAAGAGCACCGCCAGCACCACGGGCGCAUCGUCGGCUAGCGAGGCGCGCCCCGCCACCCCGGCCACGAGCACGCCCACCUCCCCCCCCGUCAGCACGCCCACCGCGAAGAACGACGAGGCGGAGCGGCUCAAGGGACAGGGCAACGCGGCCAUGGCAGCGAAGGACUACCCCACUGCGAUCGAGCUGUACACGCAGGCCAUCGCGAUCACUCCAACCAAUCCCAUCUACCUCUCGAACCGCGCGGCGGCGUACAGCGGCGCGGGCCGGCACGCGGAGGCGGCGGGGGACGCGGAGCUGGCGGUGGCAGCGGAUCCGAAGUACAACAAGGCGUGGAGCCGGCUGGGGCUGGCGCGGUUCGCGCUGGGGGAUAUGAAGGGGAGUAUGGAGGCGUACGGGGCGGGGAUUGAGGCGGAGGGGAACGGGGGGAGCGCGGCGAUGAAGAAGGGGUUUGAGACGGCGAAGCGGAGGUAUGAGGAGGAGGAGGCAGGGGAGGAGGAUAGUGUGGAUCUUGGGGCGUCCGCGCGGGGCGGGGCUGGUUCGGGGGGGAUGCCCGAUCUCUCUGGUCUAGCUAGUAUGCUGGGUGGUGGCGGCGGUGGUGGCGCCGGCGGUGGGAUGCCGGAUUUCAGUUCCAUCAUGAACAAUCCCAUGAUGCGGCAGAUGGCGCAGAACAUGAUGAGCAACCCGGACGCGAUGAACGACGUGUUGAACAACCCCCGACUGCGGCAGAUGGCCGAGCAGUUCGGAUCCGGGGGCGGGCAGGGAGGCGGUGGUGGCAUGCCGGAUCUGUCGAGCCUGAUGAGCGAUCCGUCCAUUGCGGAAAUGGCACGCAACUUUAUGGGCGGACAAGGUGGUGGAAGCGGCGCCGGGGACGGGGCUGGACGGUAA